AUGUUGGCGUGCUCUUUAGGGGCGCUUGCCGCUCCACGGUGGCUCGUUUCGUGUGGUACCAAGUGGGGCUACCCGACACUCCCCGUCGACCGUGAGGAAGUAACCUUGAACGGUGUUCCCCUUGGAGAAGGAACAAUCGAAACGCUCACCGUCGAGGAGCAGGAGAAGCUGCGCUGCCCGCUGUCGACUCUGCUGAAGAACAGCACGCUUCUGGCGCGGGCAGUUGCUGUCAUUUCUAUCGAGCUCAGCAGCGACUUGGCCCGUAAGCAAAAAUCCAUGGGUGAGUCCAGCAGCGACCCCGCGAAAUUUCCAUAUGUGGAUAGUAUGGAUCAGAUUUUACUUCCCGUGAGGCCAUCAGGAAAGCAGACCGUGGUUUACGAACUCUCUGUGGAGACGCUUCCAGACUACACCACUGACCAGGCCGAGGCCGUGAAGCGUACUAAGAAGGUCAUGGCCGAAAUUACAAGUCGCCAGGUUAACGGCUUCCCCGAAUUAAUAGAUCGACAGAAGGAAUAUUCUGUGUGUGUUCAAGCAAUGGCCCCCGGACGCGAAAGCUAUUCGCAAUGGAAGCAAUUUGUGGAAGAGAUGUUCAAGGAUGAAUUCGGUCACGAUCCAGUCAAUUGUCUUGUGGUCUAUGUGGAUUGUUUCAACCUCGGGGAUGAGUCAACCUAUUAUCGACGGCAGCAAAGAAAAAAUAAAAAGCGCUAG